GCUACCUAAUUGCUAACCAGCGAGACCGAUUUGCCUAUAUUUUUGAGACAUUUGAAGAUGCACUGAAGAUAAAACAGCACCGUGGAUUAUAGGUGGUAAUUUGGGAUUCGAUAAAAAUGGUUAUGUGUUACAUGUACACGAUGUUGGUAAAGUGGAUCCACGAAGUCUCGUUGGUAGCGGCCGUGUUUCCGAACUCUGCAUCGCUGCUAUCUAUGAUUGCGAGGGAACGCAAUGUCUUAUGAGAUCGGAGGAGGCGAAACGUGGUCGAAAACUUGGCGCCGUAGUGAUCAUCGACCUCAGUGGAUUCUCAUUCGACGUAAUUUUUCAUAUCCCUGCUACCCGAAUUUACACGACAGCUCUUAUGCUGAUGCAGGAUCUGUUUCCGGACACGGCAAUAAGAUUAUAUGUUGUAAAUGCCCCAUUAGCUGUUAACGUUCUGUUGCAUAUGGUAAAAAUGGAGACCCUGGAAGCGCUGGAAAUCUUGGGUAGCGACUGGAAAGAAGUACUGGUGAAAAGACACGGUGCUGAGUGCUUGCCGAAAAGCUGUGGUGGCUUGAAAAGUGAUGAAAUUUUGCGCAAAGGCGGUGUGGUGCCGGAUCUUGUAAAGGCGCAAAUCAAACGGGUGCAUAUACCAGCAGAAAAGCUUACCAAAGUGACAGUGGGUGCACGUGAAAUAAUAGCCGUACCCAUUAAAGUGCAGAAGCAGCAUUCAAAGCUUUCCUGGUACUUCACCUGUUCAUCUGGUGAUAUCGACUUUUCCGUUGUAUUUGAAGAGCAGGAGGUUUGGCCACGUUUCCGGAUUUCAACCGAAUUUUCGCCGGAAUUCAAUGAGAUAGUAUGUAAAAAACCAGGAACUUAUGAACUGCUAUUUUCGAACAAGCAUGGUCGUCUCUGGAACAAGCAUAUAUAUUACAGUAUUGAAGUCAGUGAGCCCAUGAAUUAACU